AAUUUCAUCCUGCUCCUCCCUUUUGAGUAUUUAUAAUUUACAUUCAUACACUUACUUUUAUAUCCUGCUUCAUAUUUACUCUAUUAGUCAUACAGCCCUUUCGAGGACAACAAUAAUUUAUUAUUUUUAGAGAGAAGGAUCCUCAAAUCUCGCUCACAUGCAACAUACGACAUCAAUGUUAGACACUAUGAGUACAAUGACCAAUAAUAAUACUACUCUUAACUCGAGUCAACAUACUAUGGACAACCAACCUUUUACUAUGAACCUUGAGCAGCACCACUACCAACAACAACAGCAACAACAACAACAAACUGGAGCAGUACAACAAUAUCAUCCAUUGAAAUAUGGUUGGGUAUUUUGGUUUAUGCAUAGAUCGCGAGGAGAGAAAAUUACUGAUUAUGAAGCAGCGAUGAAAAGGAUUGCCAGUUUCAAGACAGUUGAAGAGUUUUGGGCAGUGUAUAGUCGACUUUCUAGACCAAGUGAACUACCCAAUAUCAGUGAUUAUUCCUUAUUUAAAGAUGGUGUUCGCCCUGUUUGGGAGGAUAAUGUAAAUAUAAAUGGCGGAAAAUGGAUUGUUAGAAUCAAAAAAGGUUUAGCAAGUCGGUACUGGGAAAGUUUAGUUCUGGCUAUCAUUGGAGAUCAGUUUGAUGUAGAAGAUGAGAUAUGUGGUUUAGUAUUAUCCAUUCGUGGUUCAGAAGAUAUCAUUUCCGUUUGGAACAAGACAUCAUCUAACGGAAAGAUCAAUUUGAAGAUUAGAGAUACUAUCAAAAAAUAUUUGAACCUACCUCCAGAUACUACAAUGGAAUAUAAAACACAUAAUGAUGCACUUCGAGACAACUCCUCUUUCCGUAACACUGACGUUUUUCGAUGAAAGAAGGAACGCGUACUUUUCUAAAACAAAGAUUGACAGCCGCUGUAAAUAGUUUCUAUGUCGAAUUCGCAAUAAAAAUAAACACUUCAUUGGCUUUCAUUUUUUUUUUAUUACGCUUGACUUAACCAACCAUUGGACGAUUUUCUAUCAUUACCAUAGAUUUAUCA